AUCUCUCAGUUGGAUUCAGAAACAAACAAAUAAAUCCAACCAGCUGAGCUGAACCCAAAAAAAGGCAACUGCUACAAAUAUUCACAACACAGACUCAGACUCAGAAUUUUCUCGCCAUUUCACUCAAAAAAACAAACCAAGGUUUCUUUGUUUUGUUCUUUCUUUCUAUUCAUAUCUGUCGAUUCCAUUCCAUGGCCACUACUACGAUCGCACACAACAGUCACAACGCCAAGCUGGUUUUGCUGGGUGACAUGGGCGCUGGUAAAUCUAGCCUCGUCCUGCGCUUUGUCAAGGGCCAAUUCCUUGAAUUUCAGGAAUCAACCAUAGGAGCAGCAUUUUUCUCGCAAACGCUUGCAGUGAAUGAUGCAACGGUGAAGUUUGAGAUAUGGGACACAGCUGGACAAGAGAGAUACCAUAGCUUGGCUCCAAUGUAUUACAGAGGUGCUGCUGCUGCCAUCAUUGUCUACGAUAUCACCAAUGCUGAGUCAUAUGCACGGGCUAAGAAGUGGGUACAAGAGCUUCAGAAGCAAGGAAAUCCUAACAUGGUUAUGGCCCUUGCUGGAAACAAAACUGAUUUGGAAGAUAAGAGGAAAGUUACAACUGAAGAGGCACGUGCAUAUGCUGAUGAAAAUGGACUCUUUUUCAUUGAGACCUCUGCCAAAACAGCUGUCAAUGUCAAUGAUAUAUUUUAUGAAAUAGCUAAAAGGUUGCCUAGAUCUCAGCCUGCUCAGAACCCAGCAGGGAUGGUCCUUGUGGAUAGACCUGCAGAAGGAUCCCAAGCGACAUCUUGCUGUUCAUAAAGCAUUUCUUAUAGGUCAAGUACAACAUUGCAGAUGUGAACGAAUUCUUAUAUCAUAUACGUUCUCUUCUUCAAGAUAUUAAUAUUAUCUUGUAAUGUUCCUUUAGACCUCAUCAAGAGCUGUCCAUUUUUCUCACUAUUCUGCUCUUUUAAGCCUAAGAUACCGAAUUUAAAGAUUGUUCUUUUUAAUCUUUAGAGAUGUAAGUAUAUGGACACGAUCUAACUUUGAAAUGGAUGUGUGCACUGAUUAAAGCAAUACUAUAGUUUGUUUUCUAGUUUAA